CACGAGGGGGAUGUCGUUUGAGUCGUUUCGCUGAAUUCGAGUGUCGGUGGUGUCGAUGUCGAAGGUUGCGGUCGUGCCGGUUCCGUUUUCCAGGUUCUUCCAUGUGGACGCAGAGACCGUUCCCCGGGAAGGACCCCCACGAAUUCUUUCCGUCACGGCAACGAGGUCAAGGGUCAAGAGUAACUGCCAUCUGCUUCCCGCCUUCACGAACUCCUUUGACGCAAUCGUGAGGGGCACCGGGAAGGGGCACCAGACAGGGGCACCAGACGGGGGCACCGGACGGGGGUACCAGACAGGGACGAAAGGCAAGGUCAGGUGAGAGGCGGAUGGUUCGAUUCACCGAGACGAGAUGACGCGUCGUACGGGGAAGAAUGGGGAAGCGAUGAAGGAAUGGGAAAAGGAGCAUCUGACGGAGAAUGAGAGCAAGGUUCCGAAGAAGGACUCCCAAAGGGGCGGAAUGAAAGAAAAUAUGAGGAGGAAAGAAUGGCAGGGUGAUCGAAGAGAAUGAGUUUCCGAUGGGAGAAACUAUCCCCGGCGGAGUUUCAGCAGCUCCAAGACUUCGCCACCUAUUCGACGAAGAAGUUGCAGGACGUGCUGGACGAGUUCAACGGAACUGGCCCGCUGUCCAAAUACAAUCGGGAUGGGGAGAUCGAUUACGAGGGAUUCAAGCUGUUCAUGAAUACGUGGCUGGAGGUGAAGGUCCCUGAAGACCUUUGUCAUCAUCUCUUCCUGUCCUUCAUCAAGAAGCAUCACGCCUCCACCCCCACCGAUAGCGCCCGGACCAUCAAGAGUGGAAGGGCUGCAAGACGCCCCUGGCAGGGAAAUGCGGUCGACACGAUGCUAGGCGACACGAUGCUAGACGACACGAUGCUAGACGACACGAUGCUAGGCGACACGACAGGAUCCUCUCUCGCCUUCACCGUUCACAGUGAUGGCUAG